CUUCCCUUCUAUUUCCCGCCAUUGUGCCUGGGCGCGCGCGGUGCCGCGUGACCGGGCGGGGGGAGCGCGAGGCGGCGGGCCCGGGCCAUAGAGACGCGCGGCCGGGAGGUGUGGGGUGGAGAUGGUGGGAUAGAGCGUCCCCCCGCCCUGCCGGCGGCCGCCCCGAGUCCGCCAGGGCCGCCCCGAGCCCGCCGGGCCCGGACAAAGCGCCGUCCGCCGCCCGCCCCGCCCCGCCCCGCCUGCAGCCCCGCCGCGGAGCCAUGUCGGCUAGCAGCCUGCUGGAGCAGAGACCCAAGGGCCAAGGCAACAAAGUGCAAAACGGCUCUGUGCACCAGAAAGAUGGGUUGAAUGAUGAUGACUUUGAGCCCUACCUGAGUCCUCAGGCCCGCCCGAAUAAUGCAUACACUGCAAUGUCUGAUUCCUACUUACCAAGCUACUUCAGUCCCUCCAUUGGAUUCUCCUACUCCUUAGGCGAAGCUGCCUGGUCCACAGGGGGAGACCCCCCCAUGCCCUACCUGACCUCCUAUGGACAGCUGAGCAAUGGGGAGCCUCACUUCCUCCCUGAUGCCAUGUUCGGGCAGCCAGGGGCCCUUGGCAGCACUCCAUUCCUUGGGCAGCACGGCUUUAACUUCUUUCCAAGUGGGAUUGACUUUUCGGCUUGGGGGAAUAACAAUUCUCAGGGACAAUCCACUCAGAGCUCUGGCUACAGCAGCAACUAUGCCUAUGCUCCCAGCUCACUGGGAGGGGCCAUGAUUGAUGGGCAGUCAGCCUUUGCCAAUGAGACCCUGAACAAGGCUCCUGGCAUGAACACUAUUGACCAGGGCAUGGCAGCCCUCAAGCUGGGCAGCACGGACGUGGCGAGCAGCGUCCCGAAAGUCGUCGGCUCAGCCGUGGGGAGCGGAUCUAUCACCAGUAAUAUUGUGACGUCGAACAGUUUGCCUCCGGCAACGAUUGCACCACCAAAGCCGACCUCAUGGGCUGACAUUGCCAGCAAACCUGCCAAGCAGCAGCCCAAGCUGAAGACCAAGAAUGGCAUUGCAGGGCCAAGUCUUCCACCACCUCCCAUAAAACAUAACAUGGAUAUUGGAACUUGGGAUAACAAAGGGCCAGUGGCAAAAGCCCCGUCACAGACCUUGGUCCAGAAUCUUGCUCAGCAGCCACCACAGGUAUCUCCGCAGCCCCUGGGCCAACAGAUCAGUAGUAGCCCACCGGUGACCCAGGCUCCGGGUGGGCAGCAGCCGCAGGCACUGCCACCGCCAGCCCCACUGCCUGUGCCACCGGCACAGCCCACCCGCUGGGUUGCCCCUCGGAAUCGUGGCAAUGGCUUUGGCCAGAAUGGAGUGGACGGUAACGGAGUGGGACAGGCUCAGGCCAUUUCUGGUUCUCCUUCUGAGCCACACCCAGUCUUGGAGAAGUUGAGAUCUGUUAACAACUACAACCCCAAGGAUUUUGACUGGAACCCAAAGCAUGGGCGGGUUUUCAUCAUUAAGAGUUACUCUGAGGACGAUAUUCACCGUUCCAUUAAAUACAACAUCUGGUGCAGUACGGAGCAUGGCAACAAGAGACUGGAUGCAGCCUAUCGCUCCAUGAAUGGGAAGGGCCCCGUUUACUUACUGUUCAGUGUCAACGGUAGUGGUCACUUCUGCGGCGUAGCAGAAAUGAAAUCUGCAGUGGACUAUAACACCUGUGCAGGUGUGUGGUCCCAGGACAAAUGGAAGGGACGUUUUGAUGUCAGGUGGAUUUUUGUGAAGGACGUUCCCAACAGCCAGCUGCGACACAUCCGCCUAGAGAACAACGAGAAUAAACCAGUGACCAACUCCAGGGACACUCAGGAGGUGCCUCUGGAAAAGGCUAAGCAGGUGUUGAAAAUUAUUGCCACCUACAAGCACACCACCUCCAUCUUUGAUGACUUCUCACACUAUGAGAAACGCCAAGAGGAAGAGGAAAAUGUUAAAAAGCUGUAUCUAAAGACAGGAAAAAACUGGAGGGAAGACUUAGAUCCAUCUGAUGCUCUAAAUGUUUUCUGCUGUGAGACAGGGAGCUGUGUUUCCUCGUCCCUAAAACAGGAACAGCUGGGAGCCUUUUCACUGCAACUGAAGUGGAACCAGAGCAGUGGAAGAGCAAACCACUUGCACUUGCCUUGUAGUCCUGUCUCUCACUACUAGUGUUGUGUUAGAAGUCUUUAAAAUAAUAUUUUAAUGUAAUGUUAGUAUUAUAAAAUAAUAUUUAAAGUUGACUUGUUGAUGUUAGCUUAAGGGCCUGUUGAGAUGCGCUGUUUAAUUUUUUUUCAAUUGUUUUAUCCCUGUCCAUGGCAGAGGGUUGGAACUAGAAGAUUUAUAAGGUCCUUUCCAACCCAGGCCAUUCUAGGAUUCAAAGACUGGGAUUGGUGUUGGGCCAGACAGAGAGUGCAGGCCAUCUGCAAUGGGGUUUCACACCUCUUGGAGGUAUGGCCUCAACCAGGGGGAGUUUAUUCCACAACCUGUUCUUGUGAACCUGUUCCUAACCUAUUUCUUGCCCUCUUGGUGUGGGCAAAGCUUCAUGUUCCUCCACUACAGAUUGUCUUGGCUGCAUGAUUUCAGCUGUGACCUGCAGAAUACCCUGAACUAAUUGUACUUAUAAAUAUGUUAAUUGAAUUGAUUAUGGACAUAUGAAUGACUUCAAAUUAAUGUUUUAAAAUUAAAAAACCCUUUUUUUUUUUCCCUUCAGCAGAUGAAUUAAGAUGGGGGAAUAACCUUAAACUGAAGUAGGGUAGAUUUAGAUUAGAUAUUAAGGAGAAAUUAAUUUCUGUAAGGGUGUUGAGGUCCUGGCAUGGGUUUCCCAGAGAAGCUGUGGCUGCCCCUGGAUCCCUGGAAGUGUCCAAGGCCAGGCUGGACAGGGCUUGGAGCUGGCUGGUGUAGUGGAAGGUGUCCCUGUCCAUGGCAGGGAGUGGAAUGGGGUGAGCUUUCAGGUCCUUUCCAACCCAAACCAGCCUGUGAUUCUGUGAUAAAUUGUAUGUAUAUGGCUGGCAAAUUCCCUAGAAAUACUGUGAAGGGCUUGGAAUGCAGAAGGGAGUGUGUAAGCUGUCAGCAGCAGGGGUUGCUUUGGUUUUCUUCCUCUUAUUUUUUCCUCCAAGAGUUCUGGAUAACUUGCUGGCAUCAAGGUUUAGAGCUACUUACACAGGUACGUGUUUCAGGUUAUUUUAUUAACAGCUGCUUCCCCAGAAAAAGUUCUUAUCUUCCAAGCAAAACUCUUUGCCAUUUGUUUCAUUCGUUGGAACCAGGGCAUGGUCUGGUUCAGUUCCCUGGAUUUUUCCCUGAUGCAGAAGUACAGUGGGUCACAAGACAUUGCUGAAAGCUGAUUAGGAUCCCAAGAAAACAGUUGAAGUGCAUUGUUCUGUGGGCAGUCGAUCAAGAACAGCUCCAUGGACAGUGUUCCCUCCUUGUUCUUAUUGAAGCUGUAAUUCUGCACCAGCUUUCUGCCUGAAAGAAAUUGUUUUCUUCU